AUGGAUACUUUUGAAACUGCCAACAUUUUUCCAUUUGUUAUUAGUACUAAAUGUAAAAGCACCAUUUUCAAGACCAUAAUUUUUCAAAUCUUCCAGAGUCUUGAUUACAUCUUCAUCCUUCUUUUUCAUCAACUUCUCUCUAAGGUUCUUAAGCUCCGUCUUAAUUGCUAUGACGGCUAUGUCGAUUUUGCCGGGUUCGCUAUUAAACGUCCCUUUUUGCAGAUCGUUAACCGCCAAUAUAAUCUUAUCAAGGCCACUAACACCGGUGAUCCAUGGAUAUUUGCCGUUCCCAAGUCCUCUUUUAAGAUCUUCGAGCAGCGUUUUCACACCUUUUUGGUUUUCAUCACCUUGCGUGAACGACGCAUUGUUCCCAUCAACCAAUUUCUUGAUCUCUUCAAGCUCUUUCUGAAUUUUGUCGAACGGAACGGUGAAGGUAUUGGUAUCUAUUUUACCAGUACCUCCUGGUGGAUCAAUGAUUUUAAGCUCUGCCAGACCCUGAUUCUUGAUGUUCCCGAUCGCCUGUGGAAGAUGGCCUUCAUCUGGCUUGCCGGUUAG